CUACUACUUUGCUGGCAAGCGAAAAUAAUCAUACGCAUCAUUAGAGUGAGUUGUUUAGCGCUAAAUAUAAACUCUUGAUGUUCAAUUCGCUUCUUUCUCAAAAGACCUGGAAAUGUUUACAUGAACUGUAAACAUCACAACAAGAGAGGCCUAGAAACUGCAUCUUCCUUAUCAUCCUCUCUCCAAUCAUCCACUUGGCCAUAAUACUUUGUACAAAUGUGGAUCAUGGAUUCGAGUGACUGGAAGUACACCGACCCUAUUUCCUGGAAAUGUAAGCAUAGUAUUGAGCCAUGGGAACGACAAAGGCAAUCACCAGGAGACCUCCAACCACUAGAGUGAACUGCCCUCGCUUCUCGUCCGUCUCCUCCUUGGUCUUGAAGUUGGAUUCUCUCUUGUUAUCCUUCACCGUCGGUCCACCUGGAUCUGGGAGUCCAUCGAUGGCCGCCACUAACCUCUUGGCACUGCUCAAAAGUGCUUCAUUGUACUUCUCUUCCGUGGCCAAAACUGCAACAACAAUAGACCCCAGAGCAUCCUAUUGAACAUGAGAUUCAAAUAGAGAGAAACGACACAUAUGGAGCCAUCUCUUCCACAAG